UUUGACUAGUCCUUCACAUCUCAGGCAGCUGAGCCUUGGCAUCAGCCUCAAGCACUCCUCUUUUCACCUGCUGGCUUGGCCCACUCCCCUGCCAGUUGGUGCUCAUGGCCCAGCUCAGCCAUCAGCAGAGCCAGGGCAUUAAUUUCCCCCCGAGGCAGAUGGGUUACAACUUAAGCGAGGCUUGACAUGAAUUAACUGCCCUGGUGUAUUUGCCCUCGUAUUGUUCGCCACCAAGUUCUUUGUCUUUCAGCCAUGCUGGAGUCAGUCGGAGCAUUGCUUUAGUGACGGCCUAUUUAAUGAAAACCAACAAUCUCACCUUCGAAGAGGCUUAUGCCAAGAUCAAGGCUAUCAAACCUGAUGCCAAGCCUCUGACUUUCCCUGUGGUUCCAGAAUGAACGAAGGCUUUGAGUGGCAGCUGAAACUCUAUGAAGGAAUGGGCUGUAAAGUUGAUGUGUCCAGUGCCAUUUACAAACAGUAUCGCUUACAAAAGGUUACAGAGAAAUAUUCUGAAGAGCUGCAAAACUUACCUCAAGAAGUCUUUGCAGUUGACCCAACCAGCGUUUGUCAAACUCUAAACAGUGAGAUUCUCUACAGGUGCAGAAAAUGCAGACGUUCCCUCUUUCGUAACUCAAGCAUUUUGGCCCACACUGAAGGAAGUGGACCAGCAGCCUUUGCUCACAAGAGGAUUACAGAUCCUGCUCAACUUCGUAAUGACAGUCAGGUCAAAUGUACCUCUUAUUUCAUUGAGCCGGUACAGUGGAUGGAGCCAGUUUUGUUAGGAGUGAUGGAAGGACAGUACAAGCAGCAGAGCUCCAAUUUGGCAACAGUCAUCAGGAGCCAUUGGCCAAUAGAGGGUGAUACCCAAAGUAGACUGCUUCAGCUUCUGUGCCCCAAAUGCACUUCGAAGUUGGGCUCCUUCAGUUGGCGUGGUGAACAGUGUUCGUGUGGCCGCUGGGUGACCCCUGCCUUCCAGAUUCACAAGAGUCGGGUGGAUGAAAUGAAGUCACUGCCAGUUUGUGGACUCCAAGCUGCCAAAACAUGAAUGCUGGUGCUGGCUUUAAUGUCUCCUCUGAGGGUCUUUGAGAAUUCUUGCCUGUUACAGUGUAUUGCUGUGGUCGCCUCUUUCUGUUAAAAUGAAGGUAGCUCAGCUCUGCUAGAACAUACUAUUGUAGCACAAACUUCUACUGUUUAUAAACUGGUGUAUUGGUGCAAGAGAGUAGUGCAAGAGGCUAGAUGAAUCUCCUUGGGGCUUCCAGCACUUCAUAAAUUUUUAAGAGUCAUAUGGAUUAAUGGAAAAAAAUCACUAAUAUCUUUUUGAAAAAACGUUGCUGGUCCAUGAGCCUGCAAGUUUGAAGUGCUAAUAAACUCCAUCUAAUCAUGACUGUGGUCUUUCAAAAUAACUGGUAAGUUGUUAGAACAUAUUUGACAUCUGGAAAUACAGAGCAAGAGAGGCAAAUUUUGAAACCAGAGUGGUCUUGUGAAGGCUCCUUAGUUUAGGAGGAGGAUUCCACGUGGCUUUUGCUCGGGGGCUGUUACUUCCUAGUAGCAUUUCUGUAAGGCCAAUUCCAAAGGUCCUAUUUAACAGCGAAUGUUUAUGAGAAUAAGCUUUAUACUGCAGAGCCCACAGUGAAGCCUCCCCAGGAGGCUGCUGGGAUGGAGCCUUCCUGCUCCUAAACUGCAGAGCCUGCCAGGAGUGUGGGGCGGCAACUCGCCAGGCAGGCAGAGUUUACCUGAUAACCUUAACCAGUAGGGAUCAUCUUAUCAGUUAAACUCUAUCAUCCCUAUGAAGGAUAAAUAGAAAAUUAAAUAAUUAGGGUUAGCAUAAGUGGGGGGAGGGAGAGAGAGCUAGCUAGCUAGCUAAACUUCAUUAUUUUUAAGGCCAGAAGGAACAAAGGAGGAGGAAAUCUGGUUCAAAGAAUAAUUAAUGGAACAAUGGAAAGUUUCCUUAAACAAAACCCAGAACUAUGAUUGACAGGGUGACUGCAGGAUGAGACUGCAGGAUAAGCCAAAGAAUGUCUUAAAAUAAGCAAGCAUAGUACUUCCCAAACCACAUUAAGUGUUAAAGUCAAUGUGAACUCAAGUGCAAAGGAGAAAAAAACCAGUUACUUACCUCAUAACUGUUGUUCUUCGAGAUGUGUUGCUUAUGUCCAUUCCAGUAGGUGUGUGUGCGCUGCGUGCAUGGCUGUCGGAACUUUUUUACCCUUAGCAGCACCUGUUGGGCCAGCUGGAGAGCCCCCUAGAGUGGUUUCGGCAUAGCCACGCAUAUAUACCCCCACUGGCCCCAACCCCGCUCAGUUCCUUCUUGCCAGAAAAUCCGACGAAGGGGAGGCGGGCGGGAUUGGAAUGGACACAUCUUGAAGAACAACAGUUAUAAGGUAAGUGACCAUUUUUUCUUCUUCGAGUGCUUGCUUAUGUCCGUUCCAGUAGGUGAUUCCCAAGCCGUAACUAUGGAGGUGGGGUCGGAAGUCUAGAUAGUGAUAGAUUGUAGCCAGUGGGGGUAUAUAUGCGUGGCUAUGCCGGUGCCACUCUAGGGGGCUCCCCAGCUGGCCCAACGGGUGCUGCUAAGGGUAAAAAAGUUACAACAGCCGUGCACGUGGCGCAUGCACACCUACUGGAAUGGACAUAAGCAAGCACUCAAAGAGGAACUGUUGGUCAGCAAAAAAGAGGGAGAAUUAGGAUGAAAGGAUUUGGAAAGAAUUGUGAAUUACUAGAAGAUUUACCUGAGUUCUUUGGGUCUCUAUUUCUAUUAAUUUUUGUUUUUUAGAAAAUAAAAUGAAAUUGU